GACAUAACUGUAAUUUCAAAAGUUCGAGCGUCCUAUAAAACUCGUAAAUCGAUUCGAAAAUCAAAAUCCCUUUUCUCUCUCGGUCGGUCAUUUCCUGCAACAACCCGCCAAUUACACUCCCUCGUAAUUGACAUACGCCUAGGGUUCCUCAGAAUGCCGGUGCACCUGACGCCGAACGCGAUCUCGGCGAUCUCAGCUGGCGACUUGAACUCGAAGCCAUUGGUGCAGGUAAUCGAUAUUAAGCUCCUCGGCACGCAGGAGAGGUACCGUUUCAUAGUCUCCGACGCCGUUUCGUGUCAGCACGCCAUGGUCGCUACGCAGCUCAACGACCGAAUCAAGACCAGCCAAGUCAAGAAAGGUUCCAUCAUCCAGCUCACCGAGUACAUUUCCAGCUACUUCCAGAACCGCAAGAUUAUUGUAGUGCUGAACAUGGAAACUAUCAUACUGGACUCUGAGAUUAUUGGGGAUCCAAAACCAUUUGUAGAAUCUGGUUCAACUGCUCAAAAGGCAUUGCCGAAUAACAAUUUUGAGCACUCAGUCAGGGAUAGCAAUAACUAUAUGAUUUCCCAAGAAUCUGUACGCAAUGUGCAGAGUCUCAGACCUACUUCUCAUUCUGGGACCUCUCUUAACCGUGGGCCGAAUCUCAGACCUACUUUUCAUUCUGAAAACUCUGUUCACAAUGUGCCAAAUUUCCGACCUACUGUCCAACCUCCUUACCAACCACCUCCACAGUACAAAAAUCAUGGCUCAAUCGUAAAGAACGAGGCACCGGCACGGAUCAUUCCUAUUAAUGCUCUGAAUCCUUAUCAGGGAAGGUGGGCUAUCAAGGCAAGGGUCACAGCAAAAGGGGAUCCCCGUCGGUAUAAUAAUGCUCGAGGAGAUGGUAAGGUUUUUUCNNNNGGUAAGGUUUUUUCUUUCGAUCUCCUUGACUCUGAAGGAGGGGAAAUACGAGUGACCUGCUUCAAUGCUGUUCUUGACCGCUUCUACGAUACUAUUGAGGUUGGUAGAGUUUACUUGAUUUCAAAGGGUAGCUUGAAACCUGCCCAGAAGAACUUCAACCAUCUGAAAAAUGACUGGGAGAUAACUUUGGAUGCAAGUUCAACUGUGGAGCUCUGCCCUGACGAAGAUGGUUCUAUACCAGAGCAGAAGUUUUCCUUCAGGCAUAUUAGUGAAAUUGAGAAUGUUGAUAGUAAUUCUAUCGUUGACAUUAUUGGUAUUGUGAUAUCUGUCAACCCUUCUGUUCCUAUUAUGAGGAAGAAUGGUAUGGAAACUCAGAGAAGAAUUGUGAAUCUAAGGGAUUGGUCAGGCAAGAGCGUUGAGCUAACCCUUUGGGGAGAUGUCUGCAACAGGGAAGGUCAAAAGCUGGAAGAUAUGUUGGCUUCUGGGUUAUUUCCAGUUUUAGCUGUCAAAGCUGGGAAGAUUAAUGAUUUUAGCGGCAAGUCCGUAGGAACAAUUCAUUCUUCACAGCUGUUCAUAAACCCAGAUAUCCCUGACUCUCAUAGCUUGAGAGAGUGGUUUGAUCGUGGGGGCAAGGAUACUGCUUCUGUGUCGAUUUCUAAAGACAUUGUUCCAGGAGGAAGUAAGAAUGAGAUACGCAAAACUGUUUCUCAGAUCAAGGAUGAAGGUCUUGGAAGAUCAGAUAAGCCGGAUUGGGUCACUGUGAAGGCCACGAUAUCUUUCAUUAAAACAGAUUCUUUCUGUUACACAGCUUGCCCAUUGAUGAUUGGAGAUAGACAGUGUAACAAAAAAGUGUCAAGGUCAGGAAACAGAGGAUGGCAGUGUGACAGGUGCGAUCAAGAAUUUGAGGAGUGUGAUUAUAGAUAUCUGCUUCAAGCCCAAAUUCAAGACAAUACUGGUUUGACUUGGGCAACGGCUUUCCAGGAAUCUGGGGAAGAGAUCUUGGGUUGCUCAGCAAAGGACUUGUACUUGUUGAAAGAGCAGGAUGAUGCAAGAUUCGGAGACAUAGUUCGGAGCAGUAUCUUUAACCAAUUCCUUUUCAAGCUUAAAAUCAAAGAGGAGACGUACGGUGACGAGCAGAAGGUGAAGAUCACAGUCGUUAAGGCAGAUAAGGUGAACUAUUCUUCAGAGAGCAAGUACAUGCUUGACAUGAUUUUGAAGUUUUCUAGGUAAUGAACAUGAGCAAGUUCGAUUUAA